CGACCCUCUUCGUCGCCACCAAUUUAUAUAUUUCUCCAAAAAAAAAAAAAGAGUGACCUUUCGAUUUCAUUGGACUUUUUGUCACUUUCGUCUUCUGUCAGUGGCCGAUUGGCGCGAGUGCGACUAACCUAUCUCAUACUUAACCGGUUUUAUGUGUGCAUCGACCAACUAUAAAAGUUGUGUUUUGAAUUUGUUCUCGGUUUGCUAAAACAAAAAGAUUUGGUGUAUUUUUUGUAAUUAUCAAAUCAAAUUACAAAAAAGGAUAUUCCGGAAUUUUUAAAUAAAAAUUAAAGGAAAAUAUAAAGGAUAAUCAACAAAAGCAGUAAAAAAAGAAAGAUGGGAAAUAUUCAUACAACCGGGCCAAAUGAGGCACUAAUUGUUUCAGGUGGCUGUUGUGGAUCAACUAAGAAAAGAACUAUUGUUGGAGGAUGGGCCUGGGCAUGGUGGCUAGUUACAGAUGUUCAACGACUCUCCCUCGAAGUAAUGACACUUAAUCCUAUGUGCGAGAAUGUCGAAACUGCACAGGGUGUCCCAUUGACAGUUACUGGUGUAGCACAAUGUAAAAUCAUGAAGAUGAUGAACGUGUAUUAUUUUCACCAUCAGGCUGACGAAUUACUUGGCACCGCUAGUGAACAAUUCUUGGGUAAAUCUGUAAAGGAAAUCAAACAGACGAUUCUGCAAACUUUGGAAGGACAUUUGCGUGCUAUUCUUGGAACUCUUACAGUAGAAGAAGUGUACAAAGAUCGCGACCAAUUUGCAGCCUUAGUGAGGGAAGUAGCCGCACCUGAUGUUGGGCGUAUGGGUAUUGAAAUUUUGUCCUUCACCAUCAAGGAUGUCUACGACGAUGUUCAAUACUUGGCAUCGCUGGGUAAAGCUCAAACAGCCAGUGUAAAGCGUGAUGCCGAUGCUGGUGUAGCGGAAGCUAAUCGUGAUGCAGGCAUUCGGGAAGCCGAAUGUGAAAAAAGUGCUAUGGAUGUUAAAUAUUCUACAGAUACGAAAAUAGAAGAUAAUGCUCGAAUGUAUAAGCUUCAGAAAGCUAAUUUCGAUCAAGAAAUUAAUACAGCUAAAGCCGAAUCCCAAUUAGCAUAUGAAUUACAAGCAGCGAAAAUUCGACAAAGAAUUCGUAAUGAAGAAAUUCAAAUUGAUGUUGUCGAACGUAGAAAACAAAUUGAAAUCGAAUCUCAAGAGGUACAACGUAAGGAUCGUGAACUUAUUUCUACAGUUAGAUUGCCAGCUGAGGCUGAAAGUUAUCGUGUGCAAACCAUUGCACAAGGUAAACGUGAACAAACUAUCGAAUGUGCCCGUGCUGAAGCUGAAAAAAUACGUAAGAUUGGUCAAGCUGAAGCCCAUGCUAUCGAAUUAAUUGGUAAGGCCGAUGCUGAAAGAAUGAAAAUGAAAGCUGCUGUUUAUAAACAAUAUGGCGAUGCUGCUAUUAUGAAUAUUGUCCUUGAAUCGCUGCCUAAGAUCGCUGCCGAAAUCGCUGCCCCAUUAGCCAAAACCGAAGAAAUUGUUCUAAUAGGAGGCAACGAUAAUAUAACCAACGAUGUCGCCCGUUUAUGUGGACAACUGCCACCAACCAUUAAUGCACUUACAGGUGUUGAUUUAUCAAAAGUUCUAUCCAAAUUACCUGGAGCAAAGGCGUGAAGUUUACAGAAUUCUAUAGAUACCGACAACUCCGCCGAAAUCUCGAGAUCAAUGUCAAUAAUGAUGAAUAUGCAGUAGCCGAAGACAAAAAAUAAAAAAAAACCAUACAUAAAAUUUGUAAAUUUGAAUGAAGAUUAGAAAAUGAUAAUAAUUAUUACAACAAAAAAAAUGGAAUAACAAGCAGUCAAUAAAAACAAAAUACAUUAUAUGAAUAAAUUUUAACAACAACAAAAUGCUGAAAACAAUCCUUUCAAAGAAAUUUAAACAAACAAAAAAUAAUAAUAAUAAUAUUUUUGCAAGCAAAUAAAAUAUAUACAAACAAAAAAAAAAUCUUACAUAAAAAAAAUACAAAAAAAUAUAAACAAAAAAAAUUUGAAACAAUUUUAAAGCCGUCAGUUUACAUUUGAAAAAAAAAAUCAAUACAACAAAAAUAAAUAUUGUGUACCUAUACAUUCAUUAAUCUUCAUAAUUAUUGUAAGUUAACAUUUUGUGUCGCUAAUUCUUCCUUAAAAUGUAAAAAUAGUAUAUAAUUUCAACAAAAAAUAAAUCAUAGGGUGGCGCCAAAAACUACAUGUUUCAAUAUUUAAUUAUGUAAUAGUUCAUGUUAAGAUAAUGGCAGAUACCAAAUAAAUACUUCAAUUAUAUAAAAAGUCCAUGAAACCUGCAAAAGUUUAUUGUAUCCUUUCAAAAAAAAAAAAAAAAAAAAUAGCUUCAUAAAAUAUUUAUAAAUUUGAAACGCCACCCUCAGUAAAUAUAAUUAAAUAUAAUUCAAUGUUUUUGCACAAUUAUAACCUUCAUGUUAUUCUUUUUUGUAUAAAUACACAUUCCUAUCAGGCAAUCCUUUGCAUUUGAAAUUCUUCUAUCGAACAAUCCGUAAAGGACAUUAUGUCAAUUGAAAAUUAUAUAAUCUCAACUAAAAUUUCAAGAUCAAAGGAUUCUUUGAUAGGAAUAAUCCGUUCACAAACAGUAAACAAAAAUACUACCUACUCAUAUUUCCUGUUCAUAAAUUUAUGUAUAUGUUUUUCGCAUAUAUGUAUACAAAUCUUUUUUUUAUUAAAUAAAUGUAAUUCAUCGCUGACAAAACAAUCUAUUUAACUGCAUUUAUUUAAAAUUUAACAAAUAAAAAAAAUUAUAUACACAAUGGGUGCAUACAACCUUAAACAAAACCAAAAAAAAAAAUCUUAAACAAAAAAAUAUAAAAAUGAAUAUAUUUCGACCAAUAUAAAUGUAAAUCGUGCCACCAUUUUGGUUCAAACAUUUUUCGUAGUGAAAAUUUAGUAAAAAAGAAUAAUUAAAACUGUUUUAUCUACAUAAUAUUAUAAUAUAUGUAUAUUAUUUUGUUUGUUUUUUUUGGUAAAUAAUUUUUUACAAAGUUAAUUUAGUAAUUUCAAUUCAGCCAAUAUUUAAUUCAAUGUAUUACAAACUAUGAUGCACAUUUUACCUUUUUAUAAAAUAUAUAACUAUUAAUUAUUAUUAUUAUUAUUACAUAUAUCAAUGUGUAUUAUUUUCGUAGUGAAUAUUUUUUUUUUUAUUUUGUUGAUUUUGUUAAACUUUUUUUCUGUAUAUUAUAAAUAAACACUUAUCUUAUCACAAUCAAACUGUAUAGAAGGGUAUCUCUACUUCCUUACUUACAGUAGUUAUGAUUAUUAUUAUGCUUUUUUACUAAAUGUUGUUCAAACAGAUAAAUAUUUUCUUGAUAUUACCAAAUACAAAAUGUAAUGCAAAAUGAAUGUAUGAAUGUUUUUUUUUAAUCUUAUUUUCUUAUAAACCAAAAAUUAAAAAAAAAAAAAAACAAAACAAAUAUAAAUGUAAAAGUUAAUGAAAAAAAAAAACAUACUAAAAUAUUUUUUGUAAUGUAUAAAAGAAAAAAUUGUAAAAAAAAGAAACAUUAAAUAAAAAUAUUGUGUCAAGAA